GUCAGCCGGAGUUCAAGAUGGCGACGGGCGAGCAGCUCGCGUCGCGACUAAUCGAUCACUAAUUUAACAUCUAAACCAUUUAACUGUCUUAAAAAAUAACUCUAGUUGUGUUACUUUAUCACACAACCGCGUUAUAUUGCGCGUUUCGCUAAAGAGCAAUUAUUUGAUACUAUUGUGUGGAUACACGAUCCGUGUUUGUGUUUUUUUAAGCUUACGUCAAAUAGAAAUUGUUGUCGAUCGGGUUUAUGAACGUAACUGGAAUGUUCGGCAAGUUUUUAUUAGUUUGGAGGUGAACAUGUCUCUAAGAGAGUUGAAAGUAUGCCUGCUUGGGGAAACGGGGGUUGGAAAGUCAAGUAUCGUGUGGAGGUUUGUGGAGGAUAGUUUUGACCCUAACAUUAAUCCCACGAUUGGAGCAUCGUUUAUGACCAAGACUGUGCAGUACCAAAAUGAGCUUCACAAAUACCUCAUUUGGGACACAGCAGGACAAGAAAGGUUUCGCGCCCUUGCUCCUAUGUACUACAGAGGCUCUGCGGCGGCGAUCAUAGUGUAUGACAUCACUAAAGAGGAAUCAUUUCAGACUUUAAAGAACUGGGUGAAGGAACUUCGCCAGCACGGACCACCCAACAUAGUGGUUGCCAUUGCUGGCAACAAAUGCGAUCUCUCAGAUGCCAGAGAGGUGACAGAGAAAGACGCCAAGGACUACGCUGACUCUAUUCAUGCCAUAUUUGUUGAAACCAGUGCCAAAAAUUCCAUUAACAUCAAUGAGAUCUUUAUUCAGAUAAGUCAAAGGAUCCCGGUUAUAGAAGGCGAAGGUCCUUCUGCGGUCAAGGGCUUCAAACUAAGACGCCAACCAGCAGAGUCGACCAGAGAGCGCUUUUGUUGCUGACGUGGUCGUAAACGAUCCGGCCAAACCUUCAUCGACCCCUCAUUUUCCAUUAUUAACAAAGAAAGUAGCAAAGGAUGAAUGUGAUGUCAUGGAGGAAGUUACGUAAUGUCCCUUUGAAGCCAACAAAAGAAGUUUGGUUAGGAUAUGCAGUUAGAUUUAUUCUCCCAGAUGCAGAGAAGGAAAAGGCCUUCCUACACUUGUUGAACCUUAUCUUAUUCCUCUGCCCUGUUCAGAUGUCCCAAGGGACCAAUUUCGGUUGUAGAUCGCUGCCCAGAAUGAGAUGGCAACAAAAACACCUGCUGAACGGAUCAGAUACUGUGCUGUCUUGCUUUCGCGCUCUCUCUAUCUCUUGUUCUUGUGCAAAUAUUCUGAAAUGUGUGUCCUGCAAAGCCACUGUCUGCCCUAUGCAUAUUUACAUUUUUAGCAUUUUGUCCAAAUGCAAGCAUUCUUGUCUUCAUAUUUUUGCACUUCAUCGAUAAUAUAUAUUGUAUUUUUAUACAUAUAUAAAAUUUGUGACUCUCACAAAACCUGGUCACUUUAAAAUAUCCCAAAAUUCAAGAAAAAGUGUUCUUUAGUUACAAUAUUACUAUAAUUUACCUUCAUUUAGUGUCCUCUUUAAAAGUGGAAAAAAUUAAGAUUAGUGGUAAUAAUUCAAUACAUUGAGAUAAAUUAGCAGGAAAGCCUAAAAUUACUAAUCUUAUAAUGAAAUGUGUGUAUAUCAGGCAUAUUUAAAGUUAAACAUAACAGUUUAACCUCAAGCCCUGUUUCCUAGUAUUGAAUUGGUGGGAUAGGCGUGAAAUCACUUAUUUAACAUUUGCAUAUUAACACGUUUGCACGUCAAUAUAACAAUAGUGACAAUUUUACUUCAGUUUUAGAUGCCAUAUUACAGCCUGUUACUGGACUAUGUAGUUGGAUAAGACUUUUAUGUUUGCACUUAAAUGCAUUACAUUGGCUCUCCAAUGUUACGGCUUGAAUUGCAUAUAUAAGGUCAUUAAAGGGACAUUACACUUUUUUUUGAAAGUUUGCUCAUUUUCCAGCUCCCCUAGAGUUAUACAUUUGAUUCUUAUUGUUUUGAUAUUACGCACUGCCCGAAAAUAGUCCCCUGCUAUUGAAAGUAACCAAGGGGACUAUUUUCGGGCAGUCCGUAAUAUCGCUACGCCUGCUGCAGCCAUGUUACGGCAGCAAAGUCUUUGAUUAUUACGCCAGUUUGAGAGUAUAGUUCCUAGCCAUAUCUGCCUAGAAAAUCGUGGCUUUUAUUUUCUGUCAGUCUUAGUACCAAUGUAACUACAGAAGAGUCAAGUUUUAAAUAGGAAAAAUAUCAAAACUCUUUGGUUAUUUUUGAGCACGAUGCUAAUGGUCUAAUAUCGGAUUCAAUGAAUUGUGAUAAAGUAUGCUAAAAGUGCUAGCGCCAGACCCGGAGAUCAUCUGAAUGGAUUCCAAAAUGGUAAAAACCAAAUGCUUGACUCUAGGUGAGCUGUAAAAUAAGCAUAUUUUCAAAAAAAGUUGAAUGUCCCUUUAACCUGCCAAGACCUGGAUGUCCACAAGUUUUUUUGAUGUUUGCACCAUAAUACUUAAUUCUGUGUAGCUGGAACCUAUUGUACACAAACAUGGACAAAUACACCGCUUCAUGUUUUUAGAAAACAAUUUGGUGGUUAUAUUUGUGGUUCUUCCUAACCCCAAAAUAGCUGGGGGAAAUCUGAAAAAAAGAAAGCCGGACUUAUAAGUUAAGUUCAACACUAGCACUUCAUGAAAGUUGCCCAACCUUCUUGAACGUUGAAACGUAGAGGUUUCAAAGUGUUAGAUAUGAUAACUUUUCCAACUGCUUGCAUGUUUUCUGCUUCAGUAGUUUAAGGGAGUUGAAUGCCAGACAUUUGGUAACACAUUUUUUACGUCUGAAUGUUUCUGAGAUUACCGUUUAACCAUUUGUGGUAGUUGGCAACAGGUCCGUUCAGAUCCCUUGCCAUUCCAAUAUAUGACAUUUUUACUGGAUCAUGUGAUUUUGCAAUGUCUUGCCAAAUGGCCUAAUGAUCUCAUAAACUUUUUACGCAAAAUAAGUUUUGGCCAUCACAUCCACCAUGAUUUAAUAUCUGAUCAAGUGAAACUAGAAAAACAAGACUCUGAACCUCCAUAUUUUCUCUUUAAAAGUUAGAGUAGUAAUGCUAUUCCAAAUAUUCUGCUUUUUACUGACCCCAAAAUGACUCUUUACUGGCUAAACUAAAGUACACUAACCUCAAGUUUUUAACCUGAAUGUUUAUUUUAGUCCUCUAAUUUUGUUGAAGGGGGGGGGGGCUUAUUUGAAUUGCUCAUUUAUAAAGCAUUAUUCACAAAUGUUAACUUAUGUUGGUAGAAAUGUUAAUUGAAAACAUUUACGAAGUUUGUUGCAAUUUGUCUGCUGCAUAACCACAAUGAUGAAGUUUAAAAUGUGCAAUGUACAGUACUCAAUGUAAAAUGUACUACAUAACACGUCAAACCACCUCUUUAUUGUGUGGAUUCUUACGUUUAUUGCAUUACAUGACAUGUUGUUUUGGCAUAAAGAAGUGGGAGCGUGUGGUUCGCAAGCAUGUCAAAAUAGAGUUUCAUUUAUCCUAUAAAACUAUAUGCAGUGUUGCCAAUGAUUUUUAGGAUUCACAAGUGCAAUAACAAUAGAAAUUUUCCCUGAAAAAUGUUCCCCCGCAUUUUUUUAUGAAUUUUUAUCUUUUCAAUAUUUUCAUUUGGUUCUUGUUAAAUAAAAAGAAUGAAACUUGCAGUACUUGGCGGGGGGAGUGCACUUUUAAACAUUGCUUUGUAGUUUUGAUUUUUUUGAAAUAGCUUGCUUUGCAACUUUAUAUUCCAAAGCAGUCUUUAUUAAUGUUUAUACAGAAAACCGCAUAAUUGCCAAUGGAUUGUCCACUUACUUAUACCUGUGCUUAGUUUUUCACUCCUAAACGUCACCUUUAAAUGUGCUUUAUGUUGUGUAAAACUAUCUUGAGAAGGAAAACAGUCCAACUAAUGUCACAUUUUUAUUAUACUUAUUAAAGGACCUUUACAACACA